GAUGCUUCUAGCCAGAGACCCAAUCCAGCUCCUCCCAAGCCCAGAGAGCCCCUCGUAUCCCCCCAGGAGCCUGGUGGCACUUCCAGCCCAGGGGAAUUCCCUGCUGGGUGUUGCAGGCACUGACUCAUCCCAGAGGCUGCUGCUGAACACGGAGCCAGAGGAGAUGGGCAGGACGGAGGAGGUGACAGACGGAGCAGCUGAAGGCCUGGUGACUGUUGUGACGCUGCUGGAUGGCCAGCCCAGUGCCCCGAGUGACUCACAGCACAGGAGGGGGCUGCAGCCGGAGCUCACCGUCCUGGAUGGCCUGGCCGUGGUGAGCGACGACGCCUGCGGCUCCGGCAACUACACGGUACAGCUGAGCCUGAGCCCCGCUGCUGACACAGCCCCUGAGCCCCAGGGGCCUCCAGCACCUUCCCCAGAGACCUUCCUGGCCCUGGUGGCCGUGCAGGACAACCUGAGCCAGCCCCUGGUGCAGCCCCUGCUGCAGAUCCACUCGUGCUGUGUGACCCCCUCCGCCAGCCCCGGGGCACCAGGAGCCCAGUGCUGCCUGUUCCGCAGGCUGCCAUUUGAGUGCAGACACAUCCAGCUGCUGCAGAGCAGCAGGUCCAGAGCUGCCAGCUUCACCAUCCAGCUGUUCCAGAUGCUGAACCACUCCGUGGCCUAUCUGCACUGCGAGCUGAACGUGUGUCUGCACGGGAAAGUGGGAUGUGAGCAGGACUGCUUGGAAAGUGUGGAGCCAGUUCUGCAGCCCAGUGACAGGAACAGCUAUGGAAACCUGCACAACCUCAUUUCAUUUGGUCCAGUUUGGAGGAUGAAGGACAGGUUUCUGUACAAACCUGUGGAAGGUGCCGGUUCUGCCGUGCUGCUGCCCAUCCUGCUGGGCUCCCUCGCUGGCUUUGCUGUCCUGGGCAGUGCCUUCAUAAGCCUUUGGCUGCACCACAGGCAGAAAACCAAACCCCUCCACUACCCCCACUUUGGGGACAUCCAUGGGCCGUGAGCCUGGAGCAACUCCUGGUCCUGCAGCUCCCCCCUCAGCAGUGACUGGGGGAGCAACAGUGCCUGCCUGGCACACUUUGCUUCUGUAGAGCUUCUGCUGAGCCA